AUGACUCAGCAAGCUCCUCCUCCUCCAGAGAAGGAUAGGAACGAGGAAUUUAAGGCAGAGCUUGAGGCAAAACUUGAUAAGCAGCUUGCUGAUCUUUUAGAACAGAAAAGAAAAUUAACAUUAGAACAAGAAAGACUAAAUGAAGUUGUUAUCUCUUUGCAGAGAAGGAAUGCAGAUAUUAUUAAGGAGUUAGAAGCUCAAUCUCUUCACAAUGAUGAAAGAGUUGCUGAGCAAGGUGUCAAUUUUGAAAAAGCAAAGAAAGAAUGCGAGUUAGAAAUACAGAAAGCACAGGAAGACAUUAAAGUCGACUUUGCAGCAGCAAAUAAAGUACUUAUAGAAAACAGAAAGAAAUACCAUCACUUAGUUUUCAACUUAAAUGAGAAAAAAGAAGUAGAAGAACAAAGAAAAGUCUUACUUGCACAGGAAGCUCAUCUCAAAGAGCUUUCCAUAUUAACUCAGAAGCAAAAUCGUGAAGAGCGUGAGAAGAAAUUGACAGAAAUUUACAAUAAAAGAGAUAUCUUCAAGAAAGAAGCUAAAGAGCAACUUGAAAAGGCAAUUGAAAAGGCCAAAGAAGACAUCAUUCAAGAAAAGAAUGAAACAUUACGUGUAGCUCAAGCAGAAAGUAAAACUUUAUCUAAAUUAGUCGUUAAAGCCCAAAAAGCAGUUGUAGAAUUACGAGAUAAGUACAAUGAUCUCCUUGAAGAAGAAAAUAACCUCGAAAUGAAGCUAAUGGAAGCCAAACUUGUAACUCAAUUAACAACUCCAGAACAAAACCAGCAAACAAUACAAAACUUGAAAGCCGAACUCGACAAACUCGAGCAAGACCGCGUAAAUGCUAGAACUAAGCCAGAAGCCGACAGUCGAAGAAAAUUUACUCAGCAUAUGAAUAUGAUGAAAAAGAAGAAGAACGAACUUAACGGUUUCAUCAAGCUAAACCAACUGAAGCGUAUCGAAAUGAAUCAAUUACGAGCUCUUGCUUCAAAUGUGAUUGAGCAGAGACAAACGUUAAUGACGUUCAUGAAUGAAACAAUUACAAAGCUUCGUAAAGAAAUAGCUUCCGCUGUCAAUCAGAAAGGCCUGAAUUUCAGAACUUCUGAAUUAAUUUUGUGUCAUUUGACAGAUGAUGACCAGAACGUCCUCGGAAGGAUGUUCCAAGGAGCAGAUGAUCCAGCAGCCCAGGAAGCUAGCGAGCAGCUUCGUUUCUUCGAAGUUUUGUACUCAAGAUUUACUGGAAUUGUUCAGCCAAGGAAAAUCGAAGAAUAA